AUGAUCAAGGUGCAGCUGCUACCGCACUUGCACUCGCCACCGCUGGCGCAGCCGCAGCCACCAGCAGCAGCGGUCUUGCAUCCGCAAGGGGCGUUCUCAGCAGUGCAAGUGCAGCCUUCUCCGCAGCUGCAGGUAGCGCCGGCGGCGGGAGCAGCGGACUUGCAUCCGCAAGGGGAGUUCUCCGCAGUGCAUGUGCAACCCUCCCCGCAGCUGCAAGUAGCGCCAGCGGCGGGAGCAGCAGCGGACUUGCAUCCGCACGGCGAGUUCUCGGCAGUGCAGGUGCAGCCUUCGCCGCAGCUGCAGGUGGCGGCGGCAGCGGUCUUGCAGCCGCAAGGGGAGUUCUCAGCGGCGCAGGUGCAAGCCUCGCCGCAGGUGCAGGUAGUGGGAGCCAUUGUGCUUGUCGAACACCGAAUGAAGGCCAAACACUAA